UUCAGCGCCAGAUUACCAUACUUAGAAAAAAUGGCAGCCGACAGUGUGCAGUCAAACUUGCAAGACGAGCUUGAGAAAUUCAAGACUGUUCAGAAAAAUUAUCAAAAAGCUGUGGAGACGAGGCAAAAGCUUGAUGCCCAGCUAAAUGAAAACAACAUUGUCAAGAGUGAGAUUGACCUCCUCGAUGGAGAAGCCAAAGUCUUCAAGAUGAUGGGCCCCGUACUGAUUCAACAAGAUUUAGCUGAGGCCAAAUCCACUGUAGGCAAGAGGAUGGAGUACAUCGGGGGAGAAAUAAAGCGGCAGGAUGGUUUGAUCAAGGAUCUAGACAGCAAACAGAACGAGCAUCGUGACAAACUGGCCAAGUUGCAACAGCAAUUCCAGAAGACUCAAGCACAAACCAUGGCCAAAUCAUAGCAACAGCUUUAGGAAGUCUCAAAGUUUUUAUUUAAGAUAGCAUUUUUUUGGUGUUAGAGUGUAGUUGGUACUGGUGUGUGAGGCCGAGAAGUUUGUAGUAAGCGCGGAAUUUCUUGCUUAAAAGCUUCAUGAAAUAAGAUCCUUCUACCAUGGCAGUUGCUUUCCCAUUUAACUGCAAAUUUAGGCCUAAUUCGCUUUUAUCAAAAGAUGUUAGUUUUUUUACUCGUCAUAAUGUAUCAUUCUUACAGAUUGCAAUUUACUGUGUUAUUUUGAAAUUGCUUGGGGUUUUACAGUACUUUGGUUGACUACACAGAGAUUCGAUAAGUUUUAAUUUUUGUUUUUUUUAAGAUUUAACUUUAGAAAUAUGUGUUAUAUUUCUAUCCAAAACUACUGGCUAAUCACUAAUCAGUGAUGAGAAAUCUCAGAGUUUAAUCUGAAUUAAGACCUUUUUCAAUCUGUAUGGUGAAAGAAAUAUUGGUUGUUUCAUCAGAUAUGAAGAAAUCCUGCUCUUUGAUAUACUUCUAUAGUGCUUAGGAAACUGAGAACCUCCUUACAGUAUUUAACUUUGGGCUACAGCAAGAUGGAAAAGCCAUCAGUUCAACAUACUUCAUUCAACAAAUUGUAUACUUCUGGUAAUUACUCUUCAAGUCAAUGACCAUAAAAAAACAUCCCUUUGAAGUACUUAAGUUUAGAGAAAGAGGUUAUUUUCAACCCCAAAAUUUGAAUCUGAGAAAGGCUUUAGGCUUUUAGUAUAUUGUUUUCCUUCAAAACGAUGGAGAUUUGUUCACCUGUUUUCUUUUCCCUUUUUAUUUGUAUGCAUUGAAAUAAAUGUAAUGUUAACCCCUUCUCUGUGUACAUCGUUUCUGAUUUAUUUAUAAUAUGUCGCAAGGUUGGAAAAUAAAGUUUGAGAGUGAUAAAGAAAAAUA